AUGGCUGAUAAUAGUGCAUUAACAUCCACUACUGGCAGUACAAGCUUGGCAGACUCUUCCAUUUUUGAUUCUAAAGUUGCUGAAACUUCUAAGGACAACUUAUUUAUUGGAUCUACUUCAUGUGUUGAAGAAGAAAUGCCUCAGAUUGAAACAAGAGUCAUACUGGUUCAAGAAGCUGGAAAACAAGAAGAACUUAUAAAAGCCUUAAAGACUAUUAAAAUAAUGGAAGUCCCUGUUAUAAAGAUAAAAGAAAGUUGUCCUGGAAAAUCGGAUGAAAAAUUAAUAAAAAGUAUUGUUAAUAUGGAAAUUAAAGUGCCAUUUGUAAAGAUGGAAUCAGUUGAAGAAUUUAAAAGUUUGGAUUCUCCAGAAUUUGAAAAUGUAUUCAUAGUCAUGGACUUCCAGGAUUCUGUCUUUAAUGAGUUAUACAAGGCUGAUUGUAGAGUUAUUGGACCACCAGUUGUAUUAAACUGUGCAGAAAAUGGAGAGCCUUUGCCAUUUUCAUGUCGCCCACUCUAUUGUACCAGCAUGAUGAAUCUAGUACUAUGUUUUACUGGAUUCAGGAAGAAGGAAGAACUAGUCAGAUUGGUGACUUUGGUUCAUCACAUGGGUGGAGUUAUUCGAAAAGACUUUAAUUCAAAAGUUACACAUUUGGUGGCAAAUUAUACACAAGGAGAAAAAUUCAGGGUAGCUGUGAGCCUAGGUACUCCAAUUAUGAAACCAGAAUGGAUUUAUAAAGCUUGGGAAAGGCGGAAUGAACAGGACUUCUGUGCAUCAGUUGAUGACUUUAGAAAUGAAUUUAAAGUUCCUCCAUUUCAAGACUGCAUUUUAAGUUUCCUGGGUUUUUCGGAUGAAGAGAAAACCAAUAUGGAAGAAAUGACUAAAAUGCAAGGAGGAAACUAUUUACCAGUUGGAGAUGAAAGAUGCACUCACCUUAUAGUUGAAGAGAAUAUAGUAAAAGAACUUCCAUUUGAACCUUCAAAGAAACUUUAUGUUGUGAAACAAGAGUGGUUCUGGGGAAGCAUUCAAAUGGAUGCCCGAGCUGGAGAAACUAUGUAUUUAUAUGAAAAGGCUAAUACACCUGAGCUCAAGAAAUCAGUGUCACUGCUCUCUCUAAACACCCCAAACAGCAAUCGCAAAAGACGUCGUUUAAAAGAGACACUUGCUCAGCUUUCAAGAGAGGCAGACUUGUCACCUUUCCCUCCCCGUAAGCGCCCAUCAGCUGAACAUUCCCUUUCUAUAGGGUCACUCCUAGAUAUCUCCAACACGCCAGAAUCUAGCAUUAACUAUGGAGAAACACCAAAGUCUUGUACUAAGUCUUCUAAGAAUUCCACUCCAGUUCCUUCAAAGCAGUCAGCCAGGUGGCAAGUUGCAAAAGAGCUCUAUCAGACUGAAAGUAAUUAUGUAAACAUAUUGGCCACAAUUAUUCAGUUGUUUCAAGUGCCAUUGGAAGAGGAAGGACAACGAGGUGGGCCUAUCCUUGCACCAGAAGAAAUUAAGACUAUUUUUGGUAGUAUUCCAGAUAUCUUUGAUGUGCACACUAAGAUAAAGGAUGAUCUUGAAGACCUUAUUGUUAAUUGGGAUGAGAGCAAAAGCAUUGGUGAUAUCUUUCUUAAAUAUUCCAAAGAUUUGGUGAAAAUCUAUCCUCCCUUUGUGAACUUCUUUGAAAUGAGCAAGGAAACUAUUAUUAAAUGUGAAAAACAGAAACCAAGAUUUCAUGCUUUUCUGAAGAUAAACCAAGCUAAACCAGAAUGUGGACGGCAAAGCCUUGUUGAACUUCUCAUCCGACCAGUACAGAGGUUACCCAGCGUUGCAUUACUUUUAAAUGAUCUUAAGAAGCACACAUCUGAAGAAAAUCCUGACAAAAGCACUCUAGAAAAAGCUAUUGGAUCACUAAAGGAAGUAAUGACCCAUAUUAAUGAGGACAAGAGAAAAACAGAAGCCCAAAAGCAAAUUUUUGAUGUUGUUUAUGAGGUAGAUGGAUGUCCAGCUAAUCUUUUAUCUUCUCACCGAAGUUUAGUUCAGCGAGUUGAAACAAUUUCUCUAGGUGAGCACCCCUGUGACAGAGGAGAACAAGUAACUCUCUUCCUCUUCAAUGACUGCCUGGAGAUAGCAAGAAAACGACACAAGGUUAUUGGUACUUUUAGGAGUCCUCAUGGCCAGACCCGACCCCCAGCUUCUCUUAAGCAUAUUCAUCUAAUGCCUCUUUCUCAGAUUAAGAAGGUGCUAGAUAUACGAGAGACAGAAGAUUGCCAUAAUGCUUUUGCAUUGCUUGUGAGGCCACCAACAGAGCAAGCAAAUGUGCUGCUCAGUUUCCAGAUGACAUCAGAGGAACUUCCAAAAGAAAACUGGCUAAAGAUGCUAUGUCGACAUGUAGCCAACACCAUUUGUAAAGCAGAUGCUGAGAAUCUUAUUUACACUGCUGAUCCAGAAUCCUUUGAAGUAAAUACAAAAGAUAUGGACAGUACAUUGAGUAGAGCAUCUAGAGCAAUAAAAAAGACUUCAAAAAAGGUUACAAGAGCAUUCUCUUUCUCCAAAACUCCCAAAAGAGCUCUCCGCAGGGCUCUUAUGGCGUCCCAAGGUUCAGCAGAGGGAAAAAGUCCUUCUAGCAAUGAGAAGCACGUCAUGAGUCGUCUGGCUAGCACAUCGUCAUUAGCAGGCAUCCCAUCUCCCUCCCUUGUCAGUCUUCCUGCCUUCUUUGAAAGGAGAAGCCAUACUUUAAGUAGAUCUACAACUCAUUUGAUAUGA